AUGGCUAGUAGUUUAGAUGAACGCACCGAUCCAUUCGCUGACCUUGAAUAUCAUGUAACAAAUCUGAAAUUAACACAAAAUACAGUAAAUCGAAAUUCUGGCCUAAAUUUAGUGAGCAGACAACCAACUUCCAAAGCGGUACAACUCAAAGCAGAAAAUCAUGAUUUAUGGCUUCAGAAUGAACACUUAGGCGAAGAAAAUGGUGCGCUAGCUAGUGAACUGGUUAAAUUACAAGAUAAACAUGAUAAACUAAUGUAUCUGGCACGUAAUCGUCUUGGUGAAAUACGUUCAAAAUAUCAAAAACUUGAACAAGAUAAUCAAACAUUAAAAACUGAAUUCGAUCGAUUAAUACGUGAAUAUGAAAUAACGAAAAGACUUAUUAUAGAUUAUCGACGGAUGGAAGAACGUUUUAAAGCGACUGAUCGUGAAAUGCGUCUAAUGAUUGAUUCAUUGACACGUAAUAAUGAAGAAUUAAAAGGACACAAUCAAACGUUAAUAAAUGAAAUUGAAUUACUAAAAGAAAAAUAUUAUAUUGCUAAACAAAAUUUAGAAAAAACAAUGCACGAAGCAACAACACUGAAAGAAGAAUUGACUAAGGCUGUCUAUGCUCGUGAUUCAUUGGAAAAAGAAAGUGCUCGUUUAAGUGUCAAAGUAAGUGAAUUAGCUACUGGUAAAAAGUCAGCUGAAGAAAAACUAGAUGCAUUAACAGAUCGUACAAAUAAUUUACAAGUUGAUUUAAGACGUUCGGAAGCUAAUGCUGCGAUGUUACAAGAACGUUUUACGUUAGUAAGAAAUGAACGUGAUGCUUUAGAUGUUGACAGUAAAAAUAAAUUAACGAUGUUAAUACAAAAACUUAAAGAAUUUCAAAUACAAAAUAAAUCAGCUAUGGAACAAUUGCAUACACAAAGUAAACAAUGCGAUCAUUUAAAUGGCGAAAAUAAACAAUUGCUUGACUAUGUAAAUGGUUACCGUAAGGAAAAUGACCUACUCGCUAAACAACUUGUGUCGGUUAAUACAAAACAAAAACGUUUAGCACUUGAACUUGAAAAUUUGAAAUCGGCUGAUGCUUUCAUGAAAAACGAGGAAGCAAUGAAAAUGCAAGAUGCUUUAGUUGGCUUAACUGAUCAGUUAACACAAUUACGUAAAAUGCAUGCUCAUACACUUGCUGAAAAUCAACGUAUUAAAGAAUUACUAAUUGAAAAAGAUUCAGUUUUAUCGAGUUUGGGCUAUGAACGUCAUCAAUUACAAGACAAAAUGGUGAAAAAUGAACACACAAUCCGACAAAUGGAACGAAUGCUGCCUGGAAGCGCUGCUAGAGCUAAACAAUCAUCAUUGGACACAAGAAAAACAACUUUAACAAACAAUCCAUAUUCAUUCGACAAUGUGCUUGAAUCUUGA